AUGAUGCUUCUUCCCUGCUUACUUCUCAUCCUUUCAGCCUGUGUUUCUGCAACACAGUACAGAAUCCCAAGGCUUAGUCCAACCGACAGAGAUUCUGAAGCUCUGUCCUCGCCUCUUUCGGAUGAUUUCAAGACAUUUUAUUACAACCAAACGUUAGAUCACUUCAAUUAUAGGCCUGAAAGCUACACGACGUUCGCUCAUAGAUAUAUAAUCAACUUUAAGUAUUGGGGCGGCGCAAAUUCCAGCGCUCCCAUUCUUGCCUACUUGGGAGCUGAAGGUCCACUGGAUAAUGAUUUGAACGUUGUAGGAUUCUCGACUGAUAAUGCUGCUCAGUUUGGGGCUCUUCUUGUUUAUAUUGAGCAUCGUUAUUAUGGGAAAUCGAUACCCUUUGGAUCAAGGGAGGUAGCAUUGAAGAAUGCAAGCACUUUAGGCUAUUUCAACUCUGCUCAAGCAAUAGCAGAUUAUGCGGAUGUUCUUAUACAUGUUAAAAAGGAGUUGCAUGCUAAAGAUUCUCCUGUGAUUGUUCUUGGUGGAUCAUAUGGUGGAAUGUUGGCUGCAUGGUUUCGUCUGAAAUAUCCUCAUGUCGCCCUUGGAGCUCUUGCUUCUUCAGCUCCAAUCCUUUACUUCGACAAUAUCACGCCACAUGAUGCAUACUAUUCCAUUGCCACUAAGGAUUUUAGAGACGUUAGUGAGAGUUGCUAUGAAACCAUUCGGGAUUCCUGGUCCAAGAUUGAAACAAUUGCUUCCAAGCCUGAUGGCCUUUCCAUUCUUAGCAAAGAGUUCAAAAGUUGCAGUCCUCUGAAGAACUCCGCUCAGCUGGAAGACUUCUUGUGGUCUAUGUAUACCGUCGCAGCCCAAUACGACCACCCACCAAGGUAUCCAGUCACUAUAAUCUGUGAUGCCAUUGAUGGAGCUUCAUCAGGAAGUGGAAUUGUUGAACGAAUUGCUGCAGGCGUGUUUGCUUAUAAAGGAAAUCUUUCCUGCUACAUGAAUCAGGCCAGAGAUGAAACUGAAACCGAUGUGGGAUGGAGGUGGCAGAGAUGCAGUGAAAUGGUGAUGCCAUUAAGCACAGGCAAUGAUACUAUGUUUCCAGCAUGUAACUCAGAGAUGCAGUGA